AUGGAUACGAAUCGCACUCUUCUUGACGAUCUCGUCUCGGACGAGUUUCCCACCCCUUCGACGUCGACGUUCAUAGACGAAUCUCCGACAGCUCGUGAUCUUUUGAUUGGCGACUUACCAGAGACUGACCCCAACAACAUCACAGGAGUUGCGAUAGACACAACUCCUCAAAACCAUACCGUAUUCGAAAACGUGUUCAAGACGAUAGAGUCACUACUGGACGAAAGCAGCUGGGUAGUCUACACAAUUGUCGCUUUUGUUUCUAUAUUGCUUAUCGUGGUCACGUGCUCGAUUGUGGUCUGGCUGGUGAAACAUAAAAAGAGAGUUAUCCAGCAAGACAACGAUCCUUUGACUAGCACUUAUGAUGGUGGCUUUUCAUUUGAAGAGGUGUUUUGCUGUGCUCCACCUGCUGACAAGCAAAGUCAGCUUCAAGGCUCGUCAGAACUCAGCCAGCAACUUGGAUCCGUACAAGCGACCUCCGCUGCCACCAAUCGGAGCGAAAAAUGGUCAGUUUAU